GGUGAGGCCGACUCGUCGGACGCCGACGCCGACGCCAUCGUACUCCAUGUCGGGGGGAUGUCGUGCGGCGGAUGCGCUGCCAAGGUCAAGCGGAUCCUCGAGAACCAGGUACACUGCGCUACAUGCGGUGCUUGGAAUUCAAAUUUUGAAUCGUUCAGGGUGUCGCGCAUUGCUCGUGUUUUCAGGCAGAGUAGAACAAUGAUGUCCUGCGCAUUGUGGAUAAUUUGAUGCGAAUCAUGGAUCUGUAAAACUCGCACUUGCAUAGACGGCUUCGGCCUGCAUGCUUAGAUCAGUCUCGUAUGUGCUGCUAAUCCAUCAGUUCUGCUCUGUGAUCCCGAGCCAAUCUGUCUGUAGCUACCUUCUUUUGGACGCCCUUAUCAGCGGCGUCUCCAGGUUACCACCACCAUGUAACUGAAACUCAGCUGGCCGUUUUCGCAGCCUGAGGUUGCUUCAGCCACGGUUGAUGUUGAGAAGGCGACCGCCCUUGUGUGGACGACACCUGAAGCGAAGGCUACCAAAGAUUGGCAGAAGCAACUGGGCGAGAAACUCGCGAAUCACCUCACCACCUGCGGAUUCCAGUCUCAUCUGCAAGGUGAAGGCGAAGCUGAACAGACUGAUUCUUGACCUACGCACUUGCCAACGAGUGCCCGAAGUCCUUACCAUCGGGGCAGGGUCCUUCUGUAUUCGAGUAUGCGGCAUUGCGGCUCUACGAAAUACUAGUACAUUUUGACGGAGAGUUAUACGGUCCUUCUAAAUAACAUUAUUAUGCUUGUACUCUACGCGCAGUAGCAACUAUCAGAGCAUUCCUCCAUCCUGAACCACAGACAUUUCAUUAUUUGAAUUGUCAACUGUCAAUCCAAAAGCAGUAGUAGGAUUUCAGGAGACGGUUGUGACUAAAAGAGUUUAUUUGCAGAAAUUUCUUCUUACUUCAAUCAACGAGCAUGCAAAAGUUUUUUCGCCUCUAUUUUAUACAUUUGCAAAAUGUAUUUGAUGGUGCCAUUUUACCAUAGUAAUUUUGGAAAAUCACAUCAGGGUUUGAAAUGACUUUUUGGACAGUCGAAUCGAAUCCCUGGAAUGAGAUUCAACAACCGGAAAACAAUUCUCAGAAUUUACUCUCUCUCUCUCUCUCUCUCUCUGUGUGUGUGUGUGUGUGUUUUGCUAGGAUUCUGAGAACUUAAGUGAACUUAUUUUAAGAACUAGUGAAUCGGAUACAACUAAAUAAUUCAGCAUAUUUCGACAUAAAUAAUAAAAGUCGGUACGGCACCCAUAAUUCCAGUCUCAUCUUAUUAAUUUUGAUGAAUAUAUCGGAUAUCACAAUCUGUAAAAUUAUAGAUUUCUUUUUGCAAAUUUGGAAAGUGAAAACAUGGCGAAUAAAUUUACUUGGCAAAAUCUAUUUUUCUAGGGCCAGGGGGCAGAGACCACCUGACCGUUCACCCCGUCCCAAACCCUGACCAAAACCCCCCGCCGCCGCCCUCCGUUCCUGACUGCCACCGUCUCCGGCGAUGUCGCACUUCAGGCGCUCCGGGGCACCGGAGAACCGCGAUUCCUUCUCCCUCCUCGUCCUCAACGUCUCCUUCCGCACUACGGCCGACGACCUCUUCCCGCUCUUCGACCGCUACGGCGAUGUCGUCGACAUCUUCAUCCCGCGCGACCGCAGGACUGGAGAUUCGCGUGGCUUCGCGUUCGUGAGGUACAACUACGAGGACGAGGCGCAGAAGGCCGUCGACGGGCUUGAUGGGAGGAAGGUGGAUGGGAGGGUGAUCAUGGUGCAGUUCGCAAAGUACGGGCCCAAUGCUCAAAAGAUUCAUAGGGGUAGGAUUACAGAAGAAACUCCAAAGCCAAGGGGUCAUUUCAGAAGCCGCAGUCCGAGACGGAGGUAUCAAGCUGAUUAUCGGGACAGAGAUUAUAGAAGGCAAAGCCGGAGCAGAAGUAGGGAACGGUAUGAACAGAAAAGAUACAGAGAUAAUGAUUAUCGUCGCCGUAGCGAAACUCGCAGUAUUAGCCCUGAUUAUGACAGGAAACAUACCAGAUACAGUCGCUCUCCUGCACGUAGAAGCCCUAGUCAUGGCAAAAGCCACUCUCCUCGUAGGGCACCUUCUCGUGAAGUAACUCCUAACAGGCCCAGGGAUGGCCGCUCUCCACAUUCUGGAUGCCUGAGCCCACGCUAAAUAUCAUACACAGCUUCUCAUAAGGCAGCUUGAGUGCAUGGUGCGUGGACUGGAGCUUUGUCAAAAAAACAGAUUUGUCUGCUUGGUUGCUUGAGCUAUAUGGUGGCGAUGGGGAAAUAUUCCAUGGGCAUUUGACUCCCAGUACUGCUCUUUGUGAACACCUGCGCCACUUUUUGAGAACUAUAUACAUAUUAGUUAUUGUCAUCUCAAUACGGCGUGCUUACUGUAGUCUGUAGCCUGUGACCUGUAUAUUUCUAGUUACAUGUUAGAGGUGGGUUUCUUUUGGAUAAAGGGUCAGGAGGCAAGUUGAUGACAUGUCCUUGCAGUUGACGCUUGACAAUAGUACUGCUGGUUCUCCUUGGAUGCUGACAGUGGGGGUGCUGAUGAUGCUGAUCAUUGAUUUCACUGGCUGAUCAUUGAUUUCACUGGCAUCCUUUGCUGUAUGUCAAGUGAGAUGUUCGACUGGCAGAUUGCUUAAUCAUUCUAAACCAUCUAUCAAGCACGGAUUCUGCUGGUAGUAUUUGUUUGCUAAUUGUCGUGUUGGUUCGACUGGCAGAUUCCAAAAGCAUUUUGAUUAUGGAAUUGUGCAAGUCACCUGGACAGGUCCUAGAGUGCCAGCAUUAAAAGAAUCUUAGUCAUCUUAAUAUUCUGGUAACAUGGCAUUUCUAGGUAUGAACAUAUCCAGUAUUAUUGAUGUCUGUGGUGUCAAUGUCAUUAUCUAGGUAGUAAUUAGGUCACUACAUGUUCAUAUAUUCAUACAUGGUGCAUUAUAUGCCAAAUGGCAAUGUAGAAUUAUAGAUUCCUUUUUA